AUGAGCGAAGGAGACUGGAUAGAUAUCGAGAGUCCAGACUCACAAGCGAUUGAAUCCUCAUCCGGCGAAGAAGCAAGGGGACUUUCGGAGGCCAAUACAGUCAGCACUCAAGAUGACCAAGAUCCCGAGAUUCCUCUGGACCACGAAGAUGACGAGACUCUACGAUUGGAUCGUAAACUGUCGGCCGAGGAAGUUCAACGCAAAGCAUCCAGCCCUGAAAUCCAUCACAGCGCCUUGUCCUCCGGUUUCGACCACAUGACGCUCGACGAACUCGAAACCAAUAAGCCGCCCGCUCCGCCCCCCGAACCAACACACCAAGCCCACUUCCCUAACCAAUAUCAACACGAACCAGGACACGGCCGCCACUCCUCGCCCCAAGCCCCCGAAUUACCAGAUUUGCACGCUGCCGGCGACGAGCGCAGCCUCAACGUGCGCAACCCCGUCUCCGACACAUGGCGCGAAGACGCCUACGAAAAGCUGGACCGCAGCGAGGUAACGAAGAUGAGCGACAUCGAGGCGAAGCAGGAUCGGUGGAAGUGCGAGAACUGCGGGGUGCUCAAUGAGAGGGGAAGGGGAGUGUGUAAGAAAUGUGGGGACCGGAUUGAGAUGCCUGAACAUCGGUAUCAUGCGAGGGGGGAUGGGGAGAUGGGCGUAAGGUGGAAUGCGAUGGGGAUACAGUUUCAUAAGCUUAAGCGAGAUGGGAAAAAAAAGGUCGAGGAGGGAGAGUCGGCGACGGGAGAGAGAGCUGAGGAGGCAUGA